CUGGGUGAUAUCAGCUAUUUGCCCAAAUGUGAAAAUAAUCCCAUGCGGGAUAUCCGCAUCCAGAAGCUCUGCUUAAAUAUCUGCGUUGGAGAAAGUGGUGAUCGUCUAACUCGAGCUGCAAAGGUUUUGGAGCAACUCACCGAUCAACAGCCCGUAUUUAGCAAGGCUCGUCUAACCGUCCGAACAUUUGGGAUCAGGAGAAAUGAGAAGAUAGCUGUUCACUGCACUGUUCGUGGCGCGAAAGCAGAAGAAAUUUUGGAGCGUGGGUUGAAAGUGAAAGAAUACGAAUUGCCCAAGUCUUCAUUCAGUGCUAUGGGACAUUUUGGGUUCGGUUUGACAGAGCAUAUUGAUCUGGGUCUGAAGUACGAUCCCUCCAUCGGUAUCUAUGGCAUGGACUUCUAUGUCAUCCUGGGUCGCGCUGGUCAACGUGUGUGCCAUAGGCGUCGGUGUGUGUCCAAAAUCGGACUGAAGCAUCAUGUCACUCGGGAAGAGGCUAUGAAGUGGUUCCAAAGCAAGUACGAUGGCAUUCUUAUUAACAAAUAA